AUGUCUGCGGAGAUCGUCAAAGGUGCCAUCGUGCGCGAUGUGCAGCCUCUCCAGACCCCUCCGCUAGCGGACAGUCCCAUUAAGACCGACACGACGAUCCCAGACCUCCUCAUCAAAGGCACGAUGAUGACGAAGGUCUCCGAGAAAGGGAAGAAAAGGGUCACCUUUCGAAUCGAUCCAGACGAGGGACAGAUCCUCUACAAGUCGAGCAAGGCGGGUCUCGUCCCCAUCGAGGCUAUCAAGGAGCUGAGGACGGGCAGCAACACGCGAUACUAUCGACAGCAGUUCAAGUAUCCCGAGGAAUACGAAGAGCGGUGGAUCACCGUCAUUUACAUCCUCGACGGGACUUACAAAACUCUCCAUAUCGUCGCGGACACACGCGACAUAUUCCACCUCUGGGACACCGCACUCCAUAAACUGUACGCCGUCCGCCAAGGACUCAAGACCGGCCUGGGCAACGUCGAGCUACGUCAAAACGUUUUCGAGAGACAAUACUGGAAGGGCGCGGAUAAGACGGGAGAUCAGGUUCUCGAUUACGGCGACAUCGAAAGGCUAUGCAUGCGUCUGAACGUGAACUUGACCCCGGCUGAGCUCCAGAGGCAAUUCAAGGAAGCGGACACCACCAACAAGGGUCAUUUGGACUAUACUCAAUUCCAGACGUUCGUGCGAGUUCUCAAAAGACGUUCUGACCUAGAAGAAAUCUAUGCGAAACUCGCCACCGAAAACGGCGGCCAGCUCGACCUUGCUGGAUUCACGGGUUUUAUGAAAGGAACACAGAAGUCGAAGCUUUCUGAUGACCAAAUGAAAGAGGUGUUCGCCAAGUACACAAAAGCACAAUCGGAAAGUCCGAAUGACCCUGUGGGCGUCAUGAGCGUCGAAGGUUUCACCUCCUUCCUGUUCUCACCAGAAAACUCGGCGUUCUCUGAACAAGAUAAGCCGGUCUGGCAGGACAUGACAGCUCCGAUUUCCGAUUAUUAUAUCUCGUCAUCUCACAACACCUAUCUCGUGGGCCAUCAGCUCGUUGGCGUUAGCACGAUCGAGGGCUACAUUCGCGCGCUGCUUCAUAGCUGUCGCAGCGUCGAACUGGAUAUCUAUGACGGAGACGAAGAACCUACGAUUUACCAUGGGAAGACGUUGACCUCCAAAGUGUCCUUGCGCGACGUUUGCCAGGCCAUCUCUAAAUACGCCUUCGUCACGUCUCCGUACCCCCUGCUUAUCUCGGCAGAAGUACACUGUGGGAUAGCCCAGCAAGACAAGAUCGUGGACAUUAUGGCGGAGGUGUUCGGCGACGCCCUUGUCCAAGCGCCUGUAGAAGGCCGUCCUAAGAUUGAACAAUUGCCAAGCCCAGAGCACCUGAAGGGUAAAUUUUUGCUCAAGGCAAAAAAUCUCUACGUCGUCGAGCAGCUAGCUGCCGUGCAAGCUGCGCGCCUCGCUGAUAAGGCCGCGACCCAGCGAGCGGUCGAGAUUGAGGCCGACACCCCUUCAUCCGAGUCCUCCGACAACGAAGCAGAAGCGUUGCUGAAAGAAGGCCUCAGCGAUCUGAAGAACAAGUGGAAGAGGAUCCGCGGGAAAAGUGGUGACGCAUCAAAGGAUCCCGCGAAGCACAAAACGAAGAUGUCCUUCCGCCUCGCGUCCCUUCUUGUGUACACUGUGGGCGUCAAAUGCCACGGCCUUGAUGCAGAAGUCGAGUACGCGCCAGAGCACAUCUUCUCGCUGUCCGAGAACACGGCCAAUAGGCUGCUCAAGGCAAGUAUGACGGACUUGGUGAAGCACAACCACACGCACCUCGUUCGAGUUUACCCCAAGGGCACACGCGUGAAUUCGACGAACUUCGAGCCACACAGGUAUUGGGCGGCUGGCUGCCAGGUUGUCGCUAUCAAUUGGCAGACAUUUGAUCUUGGAUAUACGAUAAACCAGGCGAUGUUCCAGCGCAAUGGACGCGCUGGAUUUGUUUUGAAGCCGGAUGCCCUUCGCCAUCCGGAGAAAGACUUGCUAUCCAAACGCACGCAGCACUUUUUGGACAUCACGAUCAUAUCCGCCCAGCAAUUGCCUCGUCUGCGUGAUUCGAAAGGACAGGAAAUUAUCGAGAAAUCAAUUGUCGAUCCGUUUGUCGAGGUUUCGUUGCAUAUUCCAGACUGGACUCACUCGCCAUUCCUUCCCGAUUCUGCGACAGCAGCAGGCGCGAAGUACUCGCCAUCGACGAACGCGACGACCACGAGCGUCUCGUCGGCGCGAACCGUGUCUUUGCGCACGAGCGUGAUCAAAGACAAUGGUUUUAACCCGGUCUGGCAGCAGGAACUUUGCAUUCCAUUCGAUUGCGUCGGGGAUAUGAUGGAUGUCAUUUUCGUAGAAUUUGCCGUGCGUCAGAAUGGGAAGGACGAUGACGAUGACGAACCUAUUGGCGCAUACUGUAUUCCGUUAGGGUGCUUGGAACAAGGUUAUCGUCAUCUCCCUCUUCACGAUGCUCAACUUUCGCAGCACCUUUUCUCCACCCUCUUCGUGCGCGUCAGUAUCAGGAACAUCAGUUAG